GCUCCUUUAUAAGAAGCAAACAAAAAGGUGCAGAGACUAUAAUCAUAACCGAGUCCCAAUAUCAAAUUUAAUUUAUUUACUCCAUUAUUUCAUGAUAUUAGGAUUACAUUUUUAGACUCAUCGUCUACUUAUAUAUAUGCCUACCCCAAAAAAAGAGAUAAAAUUUAAUCACGUUAAAUGUUAGCAAGUGUUAAAUAAGAGUUAGGCAGCUUACGACUGGAUAAUCUAAUUCAGUUUCAGAGAGAGAGAGAGAGAGAGAAACGGUUAUAAAAUUGAAGAUUAUUUGAUUGGGGAAAUUAAUUAAUGCAGAUAUGGAUUUCUGGCCAGAGUUUUUAGCAAGUAGUUGGGGAAAAGAAUUUGUGGCUGGCGGAUUCGGAGGAAUCGCAGGUAUCGUAUCUGGUUAUCCUCUUGAUACUAUUAGAGUCCGUCAACAGAGUUGUACGCCUGGUUCUGCUUUCAACAUCCUCCGCCGUGUUGCCGCCACUGAAGGACCUCUGGCUCUAUACAGAGGCAUGGCUGCUCCUCUCGCUUCCGUCACAUUUCAGAACGCCAUGGUAUUUCAGAUUUAUGCAGUGCUAUCUCGAGCAUUGGACAGGAAUGUUCCAGCCAGUGAUCCACCCUCCUACAAAGGAGUGGCCUUAGGUGGAUUUGGAACAGGAGCAUUACAAAGCCUAAUGCUCACUCCUGUCGAACUUGUGAAAAUUCGACUUCAGUUGCAACAGAGAAACAUCCUGGAUAACAAAAAUCAAAUGACUAGUUGUAAGGGUCCAACUGAUGUGGCAAGAAACAUAUUCAGACAAGAAGGAUGGAGGGGAAUUUAUCGCGGAUUAACAAUUACAGUCCUCAGAGAUGCACCAGCUCACGGCCUAUAUUUCUGGACAUACGAGUAUGUAAGAGAGCAACUUCAUCCAGGAUGUCGUAAGAAUGGUCAAGAGAGCUUUAGAACAAUGCUUAUAGCAGGUGGUCUUGCAGGAGUAGCUAGCUGGAUAUGCUGCUAUCCCUUAGAUGUUAUUAAAACCCGAUUCCAGGCUCAGUCACAAUCUACACCAUUGAGAUAUACUGGCAUUGUUGAUUGUUUCAGGAGAAGUGUGAAACAAGAGGGAUAUAAUGUGCUCUGGAGAGGUUUGGGAACUGCAGUUGCCAGAGCAUUUGUAGUGAAUGGGGCUAUAUUCACUGCCUAUGAAACUGCCUUAAGGUGCCUUUUCAUCAACAACAACAAAGAAGUUCACGCGAAUAUUCAAACUGAAAAUGCAUUCUAAUAUAGGAGUAAGUAGUCAUUGAGCUGUGUUGUCUCAUUUUAUAUUAUUCAUUAUACCAAUUGUAUGGUUUAUACCUCAAGCUGAAAUGUAAUAUCAGUCUUUUCGUAUCAACUGCACUUCCUGUGGACAUGGUUUAACAUCCAAGAUUAAAAUAGUGUAAUGUAACUUUCAUUUAUGUAGUA